UUGAUGGAGUUCCGUUAGCAGAUACAAACGUUGGAGGUUCUCGUAACCCUAUUGAUUUCUUGAAUCCAAAUGAUAUUGAAACAAUGACAAUAUUAAAGGAUGCUUCUGCUACAGCUAUUUAUGGUUCUCGUGCUGCAAAUGGUGUUGUAUUAGUAACAACAAAGAAAGGAAAAGGAAAAGGUUUUAGAUAUAGUUACAAUUCAACGACGUCAAUUUAUCAACCUGAAGGAUAUAUUGAUAUGAUGAAUGCAAAUCAAUUUCGUGAACUAGUAAACCAAGUUGGUACUACAGCUGAAAUUGCUAGAUUAGGAAAUGCAAAUACAGAUUGGCAAAGAAAAAUAUACAAAACAGCUGCUGGUUUUGACCAUAAUUUUAGUGCUACAGGAAACAUUGGUGGUAAUAUGCCAUCUCGAUUUUCUGUUUCUAAUACAAAUCAAGAUGGUAUAUUAAGAGGAGAUAAUAUCAAUCGUACAACUUUGUCGAUGAAUUUGAAUCCUACUCUAUUAGAUAAACAUUUACGUUUUGAAAUUAAUGCUCGUGGUUCUUACAUCGAAAAUCAAUUUGCAAAUAGAGAUGCAAUAGGUUCUGCAUUGGAAUAUGAUCCUACACAACCAGUAUAUUCUGGAGCUAAUAUUUUUGGUGGCUAUCAUACAUGGAUGGAUGGAGCUGUAAAACAUAAUUUAGCCCCUGUCAAUCCUGUUGCAUUAAUCAAUGAAGUUGAUGACACAUCAGAAAUACGACGUUUUGUUGGUAAUGCUAAAGUAGAUUAUAAUCUACAUUUUUUACCUUCUGUUACUGCAACUGUUAAAUGCAUAGCUAAUUGGAAUGGUUCUAAAACAUCGUUUAAUAAUGAGUUUUAUAAUAAAUUAUUUGAUGCAUAUUUAACUUUUGAUAAAGAUUUCGGAAAACAUAACGUAAAAGUUAUGGGAGGAUAUAGCUAUCAAUAUUUUAAUACGUAUCAAUAUAAUUUUGACGGUCUAUUAAAAGAACAAAAUGCAGAACAAUAUGAGUUUUAUUCUAGAGAUCAAAGUACUUUAUUAUCAUAUUACGGACGUUUAAAUUAUAGUUUUGAUAACAAGUAUAUUUUAACAGCUACAAUGAGAGCUGAUGCUUCUUCAAAAUUCAAAAAAGAUAAUCAGUGGGGGUAUUUCCCUUCUGCAGCAUUUGCUUGGAACAUUUCAAAAGAAGAAUUUUUGAAAGGAAGUACAGUUAUAAAUGAUCUUAAAUUCCGUGAAGGUUUGGACAAGUGUAAUGUAGCUGUUUAA